CAUCUCCAGCUGCACGGGCAAUCGCCAUCGUCCACCUCAACAGCUGCAAGGAGAACGCGCUCCAUAGGCAUCCUUCCCACCUGCCAGACAUGUCACCCACUCAAAGUCAACGCAGUGUGCCGGAUGAGCAUUAUGCAUAUCAUAUUCUGCCGGCCCGGACCCCUGCCAACAAAGGCACUGUGAACGCGAGUACAAGCGCGAGCACAGGCUCGGGAACAGGAACAGGCAACCGCACAGGCCAAGCCAUGGCGCGUUGCUACGACGACAGCCUAUCGAACGUGACUAUGAUUGGCACCGUCCACGAAUUGGCUCUCUCGUCGCCGCGCAGCGACGAUGAUGGCGCGCGGAGAGGCUUGAGCCCGACAGCUCCUAUGGGCUCAGGGGUGAGUUCAGGUUCAGGGUUAGCCUCCGGCUCAGGCCCUGCUUCAGCGUCAAUGCAAGCACCAGCGCAGAUCCCGCAAUUUCAGUCACUUCCCCUGUCCCAAAGCCAACAAAAGCACCAGCAGCACCCGCGCAACGCCUUUGUGCGCAACUGGAGCAAGGCGAGCAUCAUGAGUACACAGUCGCAAGAAUCGCUCGACUCGCUCUCCUCCUACCUCGACUUUGCCAACACCGGCAGCGCAGCACAAGGCUCACACGGCGCAUUUAGUCGCAACGUCAGCUUCAACCGCGUCUACAGUGCCAGUGCCGGUGCUGCUGUAGGCGGAGGCGCUGAUUCAUUGCAGGCACACAGGCACGACCAGGCCGUGUUGCAUAGUGCAGCGCCGAUGCAGUCGACGCCAGUAUCUUCGGCAUCGCACCAGGGGCUACUGGUUUCUUCGUCCGUGGCCUCCUCGUCAUCGCCCCUGCACCCUUGGUCAUCGUCGUCAUCGUCGCCGCCAGGCUCUUCCUCGGCCGGUCAGCGUCAGGGGCAGCAGCAUGAGCAGGAGCAAACGCACCGAUCUUCCCCGGACAAGGCGGCUUCUCUCGCGACUCAACAUGGCGCCGAAGCCAGUCCGCGCCAGGGCCAGAGACAUACGCGUCAUGAGAGCCAGGCAAGCCAUACGGGCAGCCAGGCAUCAGCAUUGUCCUUGUCGAUGAUCGAGGAACCUGCGCUCAUGCCCUUGCUGCGCUAUGACUGCCUCGGAGACGGUAUGCUUGAAAGGGGUAUGCACUUCGACACGGCGGCCGCAGCGAACAGCCACACGUCUAGCAGCGGAAAGUCAAAGCGUGCCACACACCAGUCGAAUACAUUUCCCGGCGGUCAUGUCCACGGUCAUGACAACGAGGACGCGCAGGGUAAGCAGGAUCGAUUGAAGAGGCAAGCAUCGCCCUCACCACAUUCUCUGGCGCCCAUCGCGACCACUGCGUCGCCGUUCAAGCAUGAACGCGACAACAGCUCACAGCCGACCAUGGCGCCGAGUGCGAUGCUGCCGCCCCCAAAGGCGGUCGCUGCGGCAACCGCAGGUGCUGACGCGUCCGAUAUGCGGCCGAGCACAAUGCCUGGCGAGUCCCCCUUGGACGACUUCAUGCGCCACGGCGAUGGUGACAGCAACAGCGAGAGCGACGGCGAGAGCGACAGCGACGCGUCUUCCGAGUACAGCUACGAGGGCGAUGGCGAGCAGGGCGACCUUACCGCUGAUACGACCGUCUCGAUUGGGGAUAAAGCCGCUGCUGACGAGUCCGUGUCGCAUGCGGACGCGGACGCGGACGUGGACACCAGCGCAAACAGCAGCAAGACGUCGAUCUAUGCGGGCCUCGGAGUCGUGCAGGCGCGCAAGUGCCUCGACAAGUCCAUCACCGGAGAAGGCGGGCGUGCAGGCAUUCGCAUCGAGAAUGACGGCACAGUGGUGCGCACGCGCCGCCGCACGCGACCCGCUGAGGCGCAUGUGCUCAUGCGCUUCUUUGAGGACGAGCAGUUCCCCACAGGCGAGCAGCGCGAGCAGCUAGCGCGCCAGACUGGUUUGGCACCCAGGGCUGUCACUGUCUGGUUCCAGAACCGUCGGCAGAUCGAAAAGAAGAAGAAGGAUCGAGCUGCUCGGUUACCCAGACGCUGGCAGCAGCGCUCUCCGCCUGCGCAGCAGCAGCCUGAGCAACCGAUAUCCGAGCAGCAGCAGUCUCAGCAGCAGCCACAACAGCCACAGAAGGAGCAGCAGAACGAAACCGCCACCCCACUGCCGUCUGCAUUUCAGGUUGAGCAACUUCAAAGGGAGCUGAGAGAAGCACAACUGCAACUGCAGGUCCUGCGCCAGCAAACCCUGCGGAGCGACAUUGGCUCUUCAUCCGAGGCGACAGCGACGGCAGCAGAAGCAAGAGCAAAAGCAGCAGGAGCGCACGGUGCCGCGUCGGCAAAGGACGUGAACAAGCCUGCGAGCUCGCCUGUCAUCUUUGGCAACUCUUCAUCAUCUCCUAUCCCAGAGAGUGUGUCGGAUAACACCAGCAUCGACCCUAUGCAGCUUCGCGCGACCGUGCCGUCUAUGAAUGCCAUCCCAGGCAGCAAAGCAACAGACUCUGCCUCUAUAUUUACGUGGCGCCCGGCAGUGAGGGACCUGCGGCUGCUGCUGAAGGACACGCACGUGCAGACUUUGGCUCCUGGAUCGUGGCUUGAUGCGGCGAGCUUGGAUGACAUCUUGGCGGAUCAUCUUGAAACUAGAACGCUGAGCGCGAACAUUACCGACUUGUCGACGACGGCUCUCCGUUGUACGACUGUGGCUAACGCUCCUGCUGCUCAGCUCGGUGUCAAGCAGAGCUUCGCGGGGGCGCUCCAGUCCGUCGGCGGCUUGCAAAACAUCCUGCAGCGCGUCCGGAACGCCGGAAGGAGCAACAAACAGGACUGUGUUCCUGAUGGCGACUUCUCUUUGUUGCGGUCACUUGGUGAUGUUGGUACACACGCAAGCCUUGAUGACUUUAUCCAGCACUCGAGGGGCGGGUCGGCCAUGUCCCCCGUGUCAGUCGGUGACCAGCAGGUAUUGGGGCACAUCUCUGAAAGAGGCAGGAGCGAGCGCAUCAGCGAAGCACGCUCCAAGUCGCAUUCACCAUCCUCAUUGCCGUUUCAUAUGCAAGCUGCUCUGGGCAACGCCGCGAACGAUCAACAGGGGCGUUCAGUCAGCGAGCCUAUCCGUACCACUCUCAAAGAAGCACAACACAUGUUCUGUGCUUCGCCUGCCAUGCUCUUGCCCCCAGGUGCCAGCCGCGUGGCGAUAAGCGAGGAGCACAAGCGAAGAUUGCUGCAGCUCAUGCAUAGCAGCUCCAACGGAAGCAGCGACGAGGACGAAGACACGCGCUCUGGACUCGAGCUUCCAUCGGACGAGGAAAUAUCGCUACGCAUCAUCGCGACGCGCCGUGCUUCCCGCCGUUUAGAGAAGGGCGUCGAUGCUAGCUCCUCUUCCAAGUCGAAGCUCGCGAAGUUUGUCGCGAGGCAAGCAAUCCGAGACCAAAAGCAAGCCCGCAAGCAGAAAGGCUUGUUGCCGUCUAGCACAUUCGCAAAGGUCAUGCAGAAGGCUCACCGCGGGCUUCGCCGGCGCCUCGGGUGCCAGGCUGUCAUUCAGCGCCAACUGACGCUGGACAUGGCUGCCGGGCAAGACAGAGGGGAGUCAUCGAGCGAAGAUGAAGUGCGUCUGCCUGGGCCGAAAGCACGUCGCGCUACGCUGCCAAGGAAUGCAUUGGGCAGCAGGCUCACCGGCAUGCAGCGCUUCAAAAAUGCUGUUGAGCCCUUGGAACGCGGGGAUACCAGCAGCAGCAACUCACGCAAGCGCGCAAAUACCGACGCGCGCCAUGGAGCAGAAGGGCCGGGCCGUGGCUCUGCCAAGUACGCGUUGACUCGUCCGCAAGCCCCGCUACAGCUGCAGAUUGCAUCACUGCAAGGAGCUGAGCAGCGGUCCAACACGCGUGAAGCGGCAUCGAGCCCUGUCAGCUCUGACACCGAAGACUUGAGCUUCUUCGGGCCUAGCAAGCGUCUUCGCGUCGAUGCAUCUGGCCGCUACGUUGGCGACAACAUGUUCCGCCCCGCAGCAUACAUGCUUAACGCCCCUGGUUCCCGCCCUAACUUCCAACGCACGGUCACGGGCCCGGGACGUCUGCAUGGGCUGGCCGCGUAUAGCAGCAACCUCAGUGGCCGCUCUCAGCCUGUAGCUCACGCUUCACUCGCGUCAAACGCUGGCCCUCCGCUGCAAGCGAACCCUUCCGUUUCAGCGAGCGCGUCCCCCGUCGAGAAGACAAUCUACGGCUCUUACUUGGAGCCAGUAUUGCGCCAGCCACUCAGCGCCGCGUCGAACAACAACAAUAUCGACGCGAAUACGGCACCACAAGUACUCGGUGAGACGCAAGUGACUUCCAGUCCAGCGAGGAGCAACAGCGGCGGCAGCUGGGCUGGCUCAGAUGAAGACAAAGAGAAUUCCUCCCCUGCCCGAGCCUCCUUCGACGACUCCGGCUUCUUCACGAGUGCCGAUAAGGCUACCAGUGGUUCAGCCUCGAAUGGGCAGGGCGCGCGCCGAACGAAUCAAGACAGGAGCAGCUCGGUACCGUCGCCCACAAAAGCCCGAGUACGCGCCUUGGUGGAACACAGCGAUGUACAGAGACGCUUUGGACAGCUGGCAGACCGGGAUCGCGCAGCUGCCGAGGUGCUUCUAGGCUUGGGCUUCUCGCAGUAGGAACGUGUGCGCAUCCAUUAUGCCUUACUGUAUGUAAUGCUAGAAAGCUACCAUCAAAAGUUGAUGUCCGUAUUAUACACUUUGCCAGCAGGAAGAUACAGUCGAGUAUGACAAACUGUUUCUUCCUGGUAGCGUAACUAGGGUCCGAG